AUGGACGGAGCAACGAACAACGUCCUCCGCCAGAGGAGGAGUAGAAGGAACACUCCUAAAUUUGUUGGACGACCUCGACACAACCUGGCACGCCGUCAGGUACCGCCUCCUCAACCAGUUCCCACGGCACCUGGCUCCGAAUCAAACAGCGACGUUACCGUACCCAGCGUCCCCGGCGCUCCCGACUCAGACUCGGACUCUGGAAACGAGGCUGCUCAGCCGCUGCCUCCUGGAAUCGUGCCCCCUCCCGGCGCUGUGCCCCCCGGUGUUGCCCCUCCUCCUGUUGCUCAGGUGGACAGUUCCGACGAUGGUGCCGAUUCGGGAAACGAACAACUUCAGCCAGCACCUUUGCCGCCCCCAGGAUUCCCAACAAACGGCGCCGCUCCACAACUCGGACGGCAACCUGUUGGUCAGAUCCCUGGCGCACUACCUUUCACUACCACGCUCCCGGGCAACCCAGUGCAAACGGGCAACCUGCCGCCUCCUCAACAGCCGGCUCCUGCCAACCCCGAUGCCGGCCGACGCCCGCCCUCUAACGCUGAGAGGCCGCUACCUGGAAGCAUGAACACGAUUCCUCCGGUCGGCGCCGUUCCGACCACGGUCCCGCAGGCUCCAGCUCCCGUCCAGCCUCCCGUCCCAGUUCAACCUCCUCCCCAAGCGCAACCUCCGGCCCCUGUCCAACCUGUUCAACCCGUCCAACCUCCUCCUCAGGUUCAGCAACCUCCCCAACAGCCGCAGCCAGUCCUGCCCUUGCCGACAGCUAGUGCCUCACUGCCCAUUCCGUCACAACCAAGCGCCGCACUGCCCUCAGCCGUCCAGCCUCCCCUUGCUGGAAUUCCUGGACUUACUUCGAUCGCGCGCGAGGAGGUUGCCCCUACGCCUACCGGCUCUACUGUUGCCGCGCCCGUAAUUGCCCCUGCCAACACAGGAGGCGACUCGGAUCGUGGCAUUGCUGUGGGUAUCACCUUUGGAACCCUAGCCCUCAUUGGCAUCCUCGUUGCUAUUGGAAUCUUCAUUUUCAAGAAGAACAGCUCCAAGAAGGCCGAUGUUGAAGCUGCCGCUCCUCCACCCGCCCCUGUCGCCGCACCGGCUCCUCUCGCCAUACCCCAGACCGCCCGAGUGCCUCGUGCCAACAACCAGACCAUCAUCGAAGCUUAUGGAAGAGACGAAAACGACAUGGAGCAAAUGGGCUACUACAACGAGAAGGGCUUCCAGAAGCUGCCUCCGCUCCCUCAGCAGGGAGGUGACCAAGGCUACGGUGGCGAGGACGACUACAACAACAACAACAGAAACGACAACAAUUCGUACAUGCCCGGCCAAGGUGGUUUGCCCGUGGCGCAGAGAGACUCCGAUGGCCGAUAUCUCGGACGAUGA